UUUGGGCUGCUGCAGGCUGGGGCCGUUCCUGUGUUUAAACCCCGGGCUGAAGAGAAGAUAACUCCAGAACCCAAGAUUAAGAAGCUGGAACCGGUGCUUUUGCCAGGUGAAAUUGUGGUAAACGAAGUUAAUUUUGUGAGAAAGUGCAUUGCAACAGAUACAAGUCAGUACGAUUUGUGGGGGAAACUGGUUUGUACUAACUUUAAGACUUCCUUUAUUACGGAUGAUCCUAUGCCACUUCAGAAAUUCCAUUAUAAAAACCUCCUUCUUGGUGAACAUGAUGUCCCACUAACAUGCAUUGAACAAAUUGUCACAGUAAAUGACACAAAGAGGAAACAGAAGGUCCUUGGUCCCAAUCAGAAACUUAAAUUUAAUCCAACGGAAUUAAUUAUUUAUUGCAAAGAUUUCCGUAUUGUCAGAUUUCGCUUCGAUGAAGCAGGACCUGAAAGUGCAAAAAAGGUGUGCCUUGCAAUUGCUCACUAUUCUCAGCCAACAGAUCUUCAGCUGCUCUUUGCAUUUGAAUAUGUUGGGAAAAUGUAUCAUAAUCCAGCAAAAAAAGUAAAUGGAAUAGAUCCUGGAGGAGGUGGUGGAAGCAGUGGCAGUGGUCAACAGACUCCUUUGUUUGAAGCUUACUCUGAUUGGGAUAGAGAAAUCAAAAGGACAGGUGCAUCAGAAUGGAGAGUCUGUUCAGUCAAUGAAGGUUACAUGAUUUCUACUUGCCUUCCAGAAUACUUUGUAGUCCCAUCUUCCUUAGCAGAUCAGGACCUGAAGCUCUAUUCUUACUCAUUCAUUGGGAGACGAAUGCCAGUAUGGUGCUGGAAUCACCCUAAUGGGAGUGCUCUUGUGAGAAUGGCCAACAUUAAAGAUGUAUUACAACAAAGAAAGAUAGACCAAAGGAUUUGUAAUGCAAUAACUCGAAGCCAUCCACAGAGAAGUGAUGUUUACAAAUCAGAUUUGGACAAGUGUCUACCCAAUAUCCAGGAAAUCCAGGCUGCAUUUAUUAAACUCAAACAGUUGUGUGUUAAUGAACCUUUUGAAGAAACGGAAGAGAAGUGGCUGUCCUCACUGGAAAAUACACACUGGCUAGAAUACAUCAGGUCAUUCCUUAAGCAUUCUGUUGAGGUUGUAUAUAUGCUGGAAUGUAAGCGUGUUUCUGUAGUUCUGCAAGAGGAAGAAGGACGGGACCUAAGCUGCCUUGUAGCCUCCCUCGUUCAAGUGAUGCUGGAUCCCUAUUUUCGGACGAUUGUUGGAUUUCAGAGCUUACUACAGAAGGAGUGGGUGAUGGCAGGAUAUCAGUUUUUAGAUAGGUGUAACCACUUAAAGAGAUCUGACAAAGAGUCUCCAUUGUUCUUGAUGUUUCUGGAUUCUGUUUGGCAAUUGCUUGAACAGUACCCAGCAGCCUUUGAGUUUUCUGAAACAUACUUGACAUUAUUGUAUGACAGCACACGGAUCUCACUGUUUGGCACUUUCCUUUUCAACUCUCCACACCAGCGAGUAAAGGAAAGCACUGAAUUUGCUAUAAGCAAAAACAUCCAGUUGGGUGAUGAAAAAGGCCUAAAAUUUCCUUCUGUGUGGGACUGGUCUCUACAGUUUACAACAAGGGAUCGUAUGCUCUUUCACAACCCUUUGUAUAUUGGAAAGAGUGCACCAUGCGUACAAAACGGGGCCGUGAAAUCUUUUAAAAGGUCAAAGAAGAACUACAGCUCAACUCUGAGAGGAAUCCCGCCAGCACUAAAGAAUGGGAUCAUCAGUGAGCAAGAGUUUCUUCCAAGAAGAAACUCCCUGAUACUAAAACUGAAACCAGACUCUCUUCAGCAGGCAGCCAGCCAUAAUAAUAGCUUGGAGCAGUAUUUCAGAGCCUGGUUUUCCAAGCCUGUUGACCUGCAUGGUGUGAUUCUACCACAAUUCUCUGGAACGCACGUAAAACUGUGGAAACUGUGCUACUUCCGCUGGGUUCCAGAGGCCCAAAUUAAUAAUGGUGGCUUCAUCACUGCCUUCCACAAAAUCUCUCUGCUGGUAGAUGAAGUUGACAUGCUAAACAGGAGUCUUCGACAGUGUAAAAGCAACCUGUCUUUGCAAGCAAACUGUUCAGACCUGGAUCAAAGCAGGAUGUACUUCAGAGCAAGUGGUUUAAAUGACAUUUCUGGGACUUCAGACUUUCUCUCCUCCUCAUUCCCCUUUUCUCCUAUAGGAAACCUAUGCAGACGGAGCAUUCUGGGAACACCUUUAAGCAAAUUCUUAAGUGGUGCCAAAAUCUGGUUGUCCACUGAGACACUUGCAAAUGAAGACUAAGAUAUGAUGAUGCUUUAAACAUUUGGGGGAGGGGGUAGAUCAUUGUGUGUCUUCUCUAAGUUAACACUGCUAAUUGCAGCAUCUGAAGCUGUAAUAAUUUUAUAUACAAAUAUUACCUACAUUUUUGCACAAAUAUUUAAAAGCAAAGCAAAUCAUGCUUCAAAUCGCACAAUUUUGUUUCUAGUAGUUCUCAUGUAAGCGUCUUGUCUAGAGUCUGCUUCUUCCUGUAGUUUCUAGGUCCAGCUCGUAUAAGAUGCAAAAUUUUCACUUGCUCAUCAAAGGUUUGGUGUGGUCACUAAUAAGGUUUUUGUUCUGUUUUCAGUGUCUGUUUUCCCAGAUGUUGACUGGCUGAAGUGAAUCUUGUGUCAGUACAAAUUAGCAAAUCAAAUGGGUGAAAACAAACAUCAAAGAAAAUGAGAAUGACUGUAAAGGAUGCAGGCUAACAUCAGUUGUGGAAAUAUGGGAACGAAUUACUUGUCACAACACGGGUUUAGAAGGAAUGCAUUUCUGUGCUUCCGUGCUAGCUUUCUGUGACUUGUUUCACCUAGUGUAUGUGUUGGUGUUGUGUGCUCCUGUUCCCCCCCCCUCCCAAAUCAUUCAUUACAGAUGAUUCAUCUUCA